GUACCUGCCAGCACCUGUCUGUAAGGCUGUAACAGGUACUGUAGGGACAGUAGGUGAAGGGAAGGUGGGGGAAAAUGCUAUGCAAGUAACAGCGAUUCUUGUUAUUUUAUCCAUGGGUCAGUUCUUCUGAAGAACUUCCAAGCCACCCAUGCAUGCUUAAAAUCCCAGCACUCAGGGGGUCAUGGAGCAGUUUAAAGCCAGCUUUAUUUACAAGAAUGUCCUGUCGCAAGAAAACCAACCCAAGCCAAACCAAACCAAGCCAAACAAACAACAACAGCAACAGAGAGAAACGUCUGGAUUGACUUUACUGGGAUUAGAAUUUCAUCUUGCUCCGAAUUGAACUUACUCUCUGAAACCAUCUCAUCUCUGACAUUGUUUUGAUCGAUGGAGCAGUGAACUUGCACACCGUGGGCCAUGAUGGUUCUGUGAGAACCACAGUCCCUGUCUGCCUUUGCUGUGUGCGUACCCAGCCAGAAAAGCCAUGGCCAAUAAAACCUCUUUCCCGUCGAGCCUGGGGCUUGCCUGUUCCCUCUGGGCUCAGUCGCUCUUGUGUCUAGAUGGAUCGCGACUGGGUUUCUCUUCCCUGCCAAGUACUGCUUUGCUUGAAGUAGUACAAUGCUUUCUGGAACAACGUGGACGACUGCUCUCCUCACUCAUGCCUGUUUGCCACCCUCUGGGCAAGAGGCUAAACCAGGAAGUCCAGACCAUAGAUUGGUCGCCGUGUCCUUACUGCUGUGCUCAGCUUCCGGAUAACAAGGACAUCGGUCUAUUCCUGGCUUAGUGUUUUUCUCCAAAUCAGAAAUAUUAUUUGUGAUUCAGAUCCCAAUAAAAUUAGAGAACAUUCAAUGACAAGCCAAAAAUCCUCGAUAUAAACACGGUGCAACUCUAAGCCCAUUUUGAUGGGCUUAGAACUCUUCAGUAAGAGUGUUGCCGUGUGUGUGUGUGUGUGUGUGUGUGUGUGUGUGUGUGUGUGUGUGUCCUAAAUGAUUCAGACCAUCAUCGAUUUUAAUUUUUAAUUCAGCUUCCUAUCCCCUCUGGUGGUCAACUUACUCCUAUCUGACACACCCUAUACCAGCAGGCUAAACUACUUUUCCUUCUUCCCUUUCACAGGGGAGGACAUGUUCCUGUUUAUCUGUGUGGGAGGGGAGGUCAGAUUCACUAAAAUCAAGCAGUCCUUGGAGCUGGACUAUCGUGAUCUGCUGCUUUUUGUCUGGAUUAAUUUCUACUUCUCCUCUCUCACAGAAUUUCAUUCUUGCUCAAUAUCUAGUUAAUACUUAGAAGCUUAGUCUAAAUUUAUACUUCUCAUUAGACUGAACAUGGUUAUAAUAGAUGCUUUAAAGUUAUCAAAUAGUUUCAAUAUCCAGGUCAACUCAGAAAUGAAAUCUGUUGAUUAUAUCGUCAUAUGUAUGUAGUGUGUGUGCACACAUGUGUGUGUCUGUGUGUGUGUGUGUGUGUGUGUGUGUGUCCCAGAAGUUGUCGGGAAUGGCUUCUUUGUAUGUUAUUCUAAAGUUACACACAUUUUUGACUGUUGUGUGACUAUGAAAUCUCCUUGCCUUUUGUCCAUGGCCUUGCUUUUUCUCAGUGCCUCCUGGCUUGGUUAGAUUCCACUCCAUUUUCCCCUGUGGACCUUAAUUCCAUGGGAGGACUUGUCCAGGAAGCAGACUGGUGCUGGCUGUGGACUGCACUGUUGGUUACUUUCCAAAUCUUUGAUUCUCUUUGAAUCAGGUCCGUGCAUGCGCGCCUGGAGGAUAAGCUAAGGACUCAGGCCAGUGCUUCAUCUACUACUGUUCUUCUGGAAACUUGGAAAGGUGUAUGGGGGAGGGAUAGGACAUGGGGAAAUUGUGGGGAUAUAUAUUUAAUUUAGAUAAAAGAAAAUAAAGAAAAGUGCUCUUAAUUAAAUCACCUCUUUUUCUGUGAUUUUGCUGCAUUUCUCUGACUUCUAUGGACCCUUUGGCCUGAGCAGGAUCAAUACCAAACUUGGCUGUUGUUGCACUGUUCUUGACACGUGAGGCUUCAGGCCUGUGGCUCUUUUCCAGAAACAGUCUAGGGCUGAAAGCCGUGCUGUGGGUCCCCGUCCUGGAUGCUUUGUUGGAGCCCUUUCUCCGGCUCCUCCAACCAUUCUCUUCUUUUUUUUUUUUUCUCCAUCUUUAUUAACUUGGGUAUUUCUUAUUUACAUUUCAAUUGUUAUUACCUUUCCAAGUUUCCAGGCCAACAUCCCUCUAACCCCUCCCCCUCCACUUCUAUAUGGGUGUUCCCCUCCCCACCCUCCCCCCAUUACCACCUUUCCCCCAACAAUCAUGUUCACUGGGGGUUCAGUCUUGGCAGGACCAAGGGCUUCCCCUUCCACUGGUGCUCUUACUAGGAUAUUCAUUGCUACCUAUGAGGUUGGAGCCCAGGGUCAGUCCAUGUAUAGUCUUUGGGUAGUGGCUUAGUCCCUGGAAGCUCUGGUUGCUUGGCAUUGUUGUUCAUAAGGGGUCUCAAGCCCCUUCAAGCUCUUUCAGUCCUUUCUCUGAUUCCUUCAACGGGGGUCCUGUUCUCAGUUCAGUGGUUUGCUGCUGGCAUUCACCUCUGUAUUUGCUGUAUUCUGGUUGUGUCUCUCAGGAGAGAUCUACAUCCGGUUCCUGUCAGCCUGCACUUCUUUGCUUCAUCCAUCUUGUCUAAUUGGGUGGCUGUAUAUGUAUGGGCCACAUGUGGGGCAGGCUCUGAAUGGGUGUUCUUUCUGCCUCUGUUCUAAACUUUGCCUCGCUAUUCCCGCCCAAGGGUAUUCUUGUUCCCCUUUUAAAGAAGGAGUGAAGCCUUUGCAUUUUGGUCAUCCGUCUUGAGUUUCAUGUGUUCUGUGCAUCUAGGGUAAUUCGAGCAUUUGGGCUAAUAUCCACUUAUCAAUGAGUGCAUACCAUGUGUGUUUUUCUGUGAUUGGGUUACCUCAUUCAGGAUGAUAUUUUCCAGUUCCAUCCAUUUGCCUAUGAGUUUCAUAAAGUCAUUGUUUUUGAUAGCAGAGUAGUAUUCCAUUGUGUAGAUGUACCACAUUUUCUGUAUCCAUUCCUCUGUUGAAGGGCAUCUGGGUUCUUUCCAGCUUCUGGCUAUUAUAAAUAAGGCUGCUAUGAACAUAGUGGAACACGUGUCUUUUUUAUAUGUUGGGGCAUCUUUUGGGUAUAUGCCCAAGAGAGGUAUAGCUGUGUCCUCAGGUAGUGUAAUGUCCAAUUUUCUGAGGAACCUCCAGACUGAUUUCCAGAAUGGUUGUACCAGUCUGCAAUCUUACCAACAAUGGAGGAGUGUUCCUCUUUCUCCACAUCCUCUCCAGCAUUUGCUGUCACUGGAGUUUUUGAUUUUAGCCAUUCUUACUGGUGUAAGGUGAAAUCUCAGGGUUGUUUUGAUUUGCAUUUCCCUAUGACUAAAGAUGUUGAACAUUUCUUUAGGUGUUUCUCAGCCAUCCGGCAUUCCUCAGCUGUGAGUUCUUUGUUUAGCUCUGAACCCCAUUUUUUAAUAGGGUUAUUUGUCUCCCUGCGGUCUAACUUCUUGAGUUCUUUGUAUAUUUUGGAUAUAAGCCCUCUAUCUGUUGUAGGAUUGGUAAAGAUCUUUUCCCAAUCUGUUGGUUGCCAUUUUGUCCUAACCACAGUGUCCUUUGCCUUACAGAAGCUUUGUGGUUUUAUGAGAUCCCAUUUGUCGAUUCUUGAUCUUAGAGCAUAAGCCAUUGGUGUUUUGUUCAGGAAAUUUUCUCCAGUGCCCAUGUGUUCGAGAUUCUUCCCCACUUUUUCUUCUAUUAGUUUGAGUGUAUCUGGUUUGAUGUGGAAGUCCUUGAUCCACUUGGACUUAAGCUUUGUACAGGGUGAUAAGCAUGGAUCGAUCUGCAUUCUUCUACAUGCUGACCUCCAGUUGAACCAGCACCAUUUCCUGAAAAUGCUAUCUUUUUUCCAUUUGAUGGUUUUGGCUCCUUUGUCAAAAAUCAAGUGACCAUAGGUGUGUGGGUUCAUUUCUGGGUCUUCAAUUCUGUUCCAUUGGUCUAUCUGUCUGUCUCUGUACCAAUACCAUGCAGUUUUUAUCACUAUUGCUCUGUAAUACUGCUUGAGUUCAGGGAUAGUGAUUCCCCCUGAAGUCCUUUUAUUGUUGAGGAUAGCUUUAGCUAUCCUGGGUUUUUUGUUAUUCCAGAUGAAUUUGCAAAUUGUUCUGUCUAACUCUUUGAAGAAUUGGAUUGGUAUUUUGAUGGGGAUUGCAUUGAGUCUGUAUAUUGCUUUUGGUAAAAUGGCCAUUUUUACUAUAUUAAUCCUGCCAAUCCAUGAGCAUGGGAGAUCUUUCCAUCUUCUGAGAUCUUCUUCAGUUUCUUUCUUCAGAGUCUUGAAGUUCUUAUCAUACAGCUCUUUCACUUGCUUGGUUAAAGUCACACUGAGGUAUUUUAUAUUAUUUGGGUCUAUUAUGAAGGGUGUCGUUUCCCUAAUUUCUUUCUCGGCUUGUUUCUCUUCUGUGUAGAGGAAGGCUACUGAUUGAGUUAAUUUUAUACCCAGCCACUUUGCUGAAGGUGUUAAUCAGGUUAGUAGUUCUCUGGUGGAACUUUUGGGAUCACUUAAAUAUACUAUCAUAUCAUCUGCAAAUAGUGAUAUUUUGACUUCUUCCUUUCCAAUCUGUAUCCCUUUGAUCUCCUUUUGUUGUCUGAUUGCUCUGGCUAGAACUUUGAGAACUGUAUUAAAUAAGUAGGGAGAGAGUGGGCAGCCUUGUCUAGUAUGAGCGUGGCAUAGUUUACUUGGUCCCACCUGCCGCCCAUGUCCACAUUUAUCCUACCUCCAUUAUAUUUUGGGAGACACGGAUAGGAAAACUAGAACACUCACCACCUCUCUGUGCUCUUUCUGCUUUUCUGUUGCGGGCAGGCGUGGAAGAUGGUCCCGUUGUCUAUCACAACCUUGAGUUUUAAUAAUAUCAGGGCGGGAGGAAAAGCAGAACACGCUUACUCAACCUUAGCUAUAGCUGGCAGCUUAUAAACCUCACUUUUCACUUCUAAUUUAAUGUUACUUGGGCAGACAGACUGGCAGGCAAAGAGAUUGAAAAACAAACAAACAAACAAACAAACUCGAUGCCUUGACAGGAGUUUCGUUGCUUCUCCCACUGAAGCACGGCAGAACAUGUUCCCUGACGAUACCUGGGGAUGAGAAGGCAAGGAAGCUAAAGGGGAGCUAGUUUGAUUGUGUUGUGCUUAGGGUCCUGGAUGUUGUUAAUUACAUGAUAAUGCACAGUGUAGGGCUGGGAAUGAAGAAGAGGAAUGUCUUUCCUUUGGUCAUAUGGAAACAGGCAUUGUAAAAAGAGAGGUGACAAAAGAAAAAAUAUUGAGGACAUCACCCGGAUGGUGGCUUCUGACAUGUGACCCUAGUGCUCCUGGGGUAAAAUUGGAGGCAGAGACAGAAGAAUCUUGGGAAGCCCGUUGUCUAAUUAGUCUGACAUAUGCGAUGGCAACAGAUUGUCUCAAACAAGGUGGAAGAUGGGGAUUGAUGCCCAGGUUUGUCCUUUGACUUCCACAUAGGCAGCAUGACAUGUGGCUGCCAUCACACACACACACACACACACACACACAUACACACACACACACACACACACACACACACACCUACCUCUGACUGUGUACUGAAGGAAAGCGCUUGUUUAAUGGAAGUGUACUCCAUAGUCACAAGGUGACCAUUAGCAUAGCAUUGUUCUGGUCGUCCUUUUAAGAUGAUGAUCUGUAUUUGUGUGCAGAUGCGUGCGUGAUGGAAUAUGCAAAUUUUAAAAAUUAAUAUACCUGGAAAAUGUCAAGAACAGAAAAGUUCUGAGUAAGUGCAAAGAUAUAUUAGUGAACUAUAAAUGCACAUAAAACAUGCUGGACACAUAAAUAGAACAGCAUUCAUUAUCCGUGCAAGUGAUCAGAUGAGCUGGCACGUGAAUGACAGCUUCUCUCUACUUCUCCAUGGAAAUAUUCUCCUCUUUCUUGUCUUGAUUGCUUGUUUGUGAAUCUCAAAACAGGGUAUAGGAUGAAUACAGUCAUUUGCUUUAGAACUGCUGACGUCACCCUGGUAGGUGGAAGUUUCGAGGUCUGGUUUCAUUCAUCUCGUACAAGAUGUCAGUGAUGUCUGACUUAAUCUAGGCAAAGAGUUUGUACUGAAAAUAAGUCCUUUGGAUGUCUGGCUUCUAAAUUAAGGCAGCGUGAGUGUUUAGAUCUGCCCAGCAUAGAAUAGCCGUGGCAAAAAUAAAAGAGCCUCAGAAUAUUUUUACUUCAAGAAGUCUCUUAUUCUGGAUGUCAGUUGCAGAUGCAGACAUGAGUGUACUGACCGUUUAUUUGUCUGCUGUUCAUAGCGUAUUUGUGCUAUUUUUGUGAAAUAGAGCUAUACACGUUGAUUUGACUGGAGACUUGAUACCAAGAGAGGACUACGGCAAGGUUCCAUAUUCCCAACACCUAAACUCCUCCCCUUAGAACCCACUCGAGUGGGAAACACAGCGUGUUUCAGAUGAACACUGACCACUCUGAAGUCACGGGAAUGCUUCCGUCCACAGACCAGUGUACAGAGACUCCUGAAGGGUUAAUAUUUUGUCGAAUUGUCUAACACAGCAUGUGGCCCCCUGGGAUCUGAGUUUUUACUUCACAGGAUUUUGUGAAAUAUUAUUCUUUUGCGUUGCUAAGCUGUUUCCAAUUUUCUCCAUUUGACAUUUCUGAAGACUCCCUGCUAAGUGUAACUUUUGAACAGGGGAUUUUUGCAGAUUUUAAAAGCUAUAAUCUGAAGACUGCAAAAUGUCUCGCUUACCUGUGAAACUCAACAGCCAAAGGAUCAACACUGGAUCAUGGCACUACAACAAAUAGUAGACUGUUGUUCUGGAGGAAAGCAAAACCAUUUCAUAUGAUUUAACAGCUUUGUUUAUCUGAACAAAUUACAGGAUUAUUAAGAGCUAAGUGAAAGAGAAGUAUUUCCACAUUUUUUCCCCUCAGAACAUAGCUUAGGGAAAUGCAUUCAUUCGGCCGGAAAACCAGACUUAUAACAAAUUUAGUGAUGGAUCUAAUUGGCUUUUGUUUGUAACUUAUCAAUGAGGGCAGCCUCCCUCCGAUGAAACAGAAUGGGAUCCCACCAGGAAGCCACAGACGCAGAGGUUCUGUAACCUGGGGAAAGGAGGCAGCCACAGGAAGGAAACUAGCUGACCUCAGGUUACAUUCUCUAAGGAUUGCAAUAGAGGGGUCUUCCUUGGGAUGAUGCUUUUUCGGGUGGGCAGUAUCUCAUCUUCAGAAAAAAACAAAACAAAAGAUACUCGUCUGUUGGGGGGUGGUAUCUUCUCUGAAGAUUCAGUUUCUGUGUCUUUUAGCAUGCAUGAUACUGUUUUCAUAUUUAGCCUGGUCUAUUGGAGCUGAUGAAGGCUUGAAGUCUUUAACAAUGGCCUGCCCCAUUGACUGUGUCAUAAUUUCUCUAUUUCCGUUGGGAAUGAACAAAUCUUAAGGCUAUAGCGCUAACCUCAGUUCUGGCUUCCCCUUGCAGCGUGCAGCCUCCUGCUAACAGUGACCCCCUACACUCACUCAUCUAUUUCUGUUCUAGUCUGUCUUAUAUUCAGCGAAGAGAGGAUUCCAGACAUUGAAAGCGUUGGAGAGGUCACAAUGCCAGAGUAGUAAUACUGUUGUGACCACUCAGAGGGAACUAUCAAGUGCUCCGAGUCUGCCAGCUUCUUGAUAAAGCCACGCAAAGUCGAACAGAUCAAAAAUGGUCCAGAUGAAAAAUUUAUCUGACCAAGCUGAAGAGCCCGUGCAUUACGAUUUGCAGGAAGGUGAGCUUUGCCGCCAGUCUCUGUGGUUGUCAGUGCACUUACUUAUCCAUGCAUACUGAGACGUAUCAGCCACGCAUACUCCCCGCCUUCAGUUGGUGGGCGGCGAAUCCUACAUCUCACGACUGUGUUCAACUAGCAGAAGCUGCCAACGAAUGGCCUAGAAGUCUACCAUCCAUAAAAAAGGGCUCCAGUAAAUUACAAAGGGUCCCGUUGCAGCUAAAAUUGUCCCUGAAAUGUCAGAGGGGCCUCAGGUUGUGGAAAUAUUCAAGUUUGAUGUGGCAGAUUGAACUCUGUCUUGCUGACCACAGACAUUACUGAUUGGAAGAUUCAAACUAUAACAUUCUUUUGUCUCAUGAAUGACAUAGCAUAAACAAAGUCAUGAGAGGCUGUGAGACACGGGCGAAGAGGUUCAAUUCCUCAUCCUGAUUCACAGUUUGCAUUCUCUGCUUUGGACAUGAGAAUGGCCGACAAUUGUUUGCAUACUUGUUCUCAUUUGCAUAUGUCCACAGUCAUUAAGGACUGCGCCCUGCAACUCACAUCUAGGUGGCUUCAGCUUACAGGCACUUAGUGACAGAGUCGUUCUUGCUCUCGGUGAUUUUAUGGGAGAAAAUUUGACUGGAGGAAACUUCAGGAUCCAAUUAAGUUUAUAGGAAGACAAUGAUUCAGAAUUGAGGGGGCGGGAGGGCUAGAGAUGGCUCGGAGGUUGAGAACACUGACUGCUGCUCUUCCAGAGGUCCUGAGUUCAGUUCCCAGCAAACACAUGGUCGCUCACAACCAUCUACAGUGAGAUCUGGCGGCCUCUUCUGAAGGCAUAUAUGCGGUCAGAACACUGUUCAUAAUAAGUCUUAAAAGCAAAAUAAACGAAGAAAACUGAGUGGUGGGGCCACAGUCUAACAGAUGCACCUCUGAAAUACGAUCUUUCCUUUUUGGAUCUUUCCCAUUUCUACAAAAACAGAUCAAGUCGAUGACUUUCCUGGUCAUAUAUGCAGCAGAAUCAACACAGGGUGGGGUGAGGGUAGAAAAGAUUGAUUUGGGCUCCCAGUUUCACACAGGCAGGCACAGAGACAUCCACAGCAGGGGAGCAGUGCCUGGCUCAUACCCCACUGGGUCAGAAUUCAAUGAACCUGUACCAGAGUUAAGGGUUCUAUAGCCUUCGAGGUCUGACUCCUUAUAUAGCCUGUGUCAACAGACUGACCCCCACUCCUAGAGCUGCUGAAACCUCUCAACACAGCAUCGCUGGGGGGGGGGGACAAGUAUUCAAAUGAGUGAGCCUGAAGAGGACAUUUUCACAUUCAGACUAUACGUGACCGAUGAGCGCUCAGUCUUAAACAGGGCAGUCACAUUACAGUCCCUCAAAAGCCCCAGGACAGAGCAAUUUAAUAGGAUGGGUAAGAGUGUCAGGGAAUGCUGCCAUCCAGGUAUGACAUUGUCCCUGAAAUUGUGAACGUACGUCAUCAAUCCAUGCUUGCACACGUGCAGGCUCUUAGACAUCUCAUCAUGGAGUCAGGCAAGUCCUACAAACAACUCGAACAGCAGCAACCAUCACUUCAGGUUGUUUAGCUCCAAUUCUCCAGUAAGUAGCGGUCGGGGUAUACAAAGUUCAAAGUCCUGUACAGUUGCAGAUAGGGCCAAGUCCAUUGGCAGACAGAGGAGCAUGCUGGGGCCAAGUCGCCUCUCUCUGCUGUAAUUUCUACUUUUGGCAGUGACUCAUCAGCCCCUACGAGAUCAACAGUCAGAUGUUCUCUCACAUUAUACUCAGUACCCAUCCCCAGGUCACGUGCUGUCCCUCACAGCACAGACUAACCAUGGACUUGGAAGUCAAAAAGACUGGAGCACCCAAUGCAAAAAAAAAAAAAAAAAAAAAAAAAAAGAGGCAGGUGGCUUAAGAGGUGCCCACGGUUCAUCCAUAGUCCUCAGGACAGCAAGGGAAAGAGACCUGAAAACAGAGGGCUACGGAGUCCUUAGCAGAGCUGGCUGGCUCCUUCUUUUGGUGGCUUGAACUGACAGAAGACUUUUUUUAAUAUUUAGUUUUAAAUCAUUUUGGGUCUGUGAUUCACAGGUUUUAAUGGCUUCCAAUCGUCAAAAUGGAGUGAGAGCUCCCCAGGGCAACAUCAGAGCAGGACGCAUAAGUGGGGACAGCAUCGUAUAUCUGUAGAGGAAAUCCCAAUGGCUAACAUCAGGUUACUUCAGAUGACCCUUCUGUGAGGGUUUAAAGCUCAGAAGAGCGUCCUUACUACUCUGACCUGAGGACCCCAGAAUCUCCUAUUUUAGGAAGAACUGGUCUGUUUGUGGCUACAGAUGUUAGCUGCAGUUUUAGUUGCUUAUGUGGAAUUUAGCAUGAGUGACUUCACUUUGAUUCUUAGCCUGGUCCAAUGGGGGCUCACUGCAGGAACUCAGCCCAAAGGAAGGUCUCUCAUAAAUGUUGUUUAACAGUUCUAUUCAACAGAGAGUUAUAGGUCACCAACACCAUGCCAUUGCGUUAUGAAAGUUUAAGAAGGGGCUGAAGAUGGCUCAGCAAUCUAGGGCACUGGCACUCUUGUGUGACACUGGGGUUUGGUUCUCAGACCCAUGGUAGGUGGUUCACAGAUCUAGGGGCUUUGCUGCCCUCCCUGGCCUCUGCAGGCACUCAACUGCUGUGGGCCACACACAGAGCAGCUCACACACACACACACACACACACACACACACACACACACACACACACACAUCACUAUAAAUAAAUAACACUUUUCCAAGGGUUUAUGAAGUGGACACUUGAUGCUGGUUAUUGUUUCUGACUCCGGGGGAUUUGGGAGGAAACAGGACAGAUAAAGUUCCUGUUCUCAAAGAUUCACAGAGCACGUGAACAUCUGGGGAAAGGAAGAGGUAGGCGGGACCCUGCCACCUUUGUCUGAUUUUCAUAGUAUCUCUUUCAUGAUAAUUUUGUUUAUUUAUAUUCUGUGAGAAUUUUAUUUGUUUAUAGUUUAUAAACGUUUCUCUUCAUUCCGUGGCAGCACAUGCAGUAUAGUUCUUUUCAAUGUCUUAGUCUUUCAGCAGACAUUUUAUUUUUAACAAAAUGUGAAAGUGGUGGUCAUCGUGCUUGCCAACAUGGAAACCAUAGGAAAAAAUGAGAGUUUGGAAGAAAGACCGCUUGGAUCCAUGAAAUUCCAGGCUCUCUCACUGUGUAAGAGCCUGGAUUCCAGAGACUAGUUUGAGGCUAAGUGAAUAGAAACUUGAGAGUCCUUAGUACACACACAGUAGGGCUAAAAUUCCCACCCUUACAGGAGAAGGAAAGGCGAAGGGCAGAGCAAGCCGACAGGAGGAGGGAACAGCCUGAAGCACCUCAGGCAUGGCUUGUGGGAGCACAGCUGACUCCCUCUGCCUUCCUCAGGCUCACCGUGGUUAUGGGUGAUGGUUCAGUAUAGAAGCCUGUCAACACAGGUGAAAUAAUCUUCUGUUCAUACUUUGCUUCCUAGGCAAUGUUAAUUGUUAAGUAGGCUGGGUCCGUUCUAGGUUUGGAUAAUUAGAAAGAAGUGGCAGGGAACCCAUGAAGAAGUGGCGUGGGUCACUACAUUUUAUGUAAGGAUAGAAAACACACACUAGAUCAUAGCUCAAGUUAGGCUGCAAUAAUGCCAGUGUUCCGUCAUCUGUUGAAAAAGGAAAUGUUCAUUCUGUUUGUUUGUUUGUUUGUUUGUUUGUUUGUUUGAGACAGGGUCUCACUAUGCAGCCUUGGCCUGGAAGGCCUGGAGCUCAUUAUGAGACCAAACUGCCCUGACUUUGGGUUGAUCUCCUGACCCUGUCUCCUGGAUGCUAGUAUUACAGGUAUAUGCCCCCAGGCCCCACUUAAUACCAAAUUCCUGUAGUUAUAACGAUACCAACGAUAACAAUGUCGAUUGCAUGCAUGGUGGGUACCAUAUUUUUGCAUUGGAUAUUGUAUAUUCUUUAAUUUUUUUAGCAUAACCCAAUCGAUAUAUCUUGUUACUCUUAUAGAAAAUGAACCUGAAACUCAUCACCUAAUCACAUUUUUCUGACACAAACCACCAUCAUUGUUCAUAUAUUUUUGAAUGAGAGUGACUACAUCUUUUUUCAGAAAAAAACCAAAGAGCCCUGAAUUAAUUUAGCAUUUGUGUUGCAGCAGGGAGUCUCAUCUUGAUUUGUGUGGGUGUAAAAGCGCACCUCUUGCCUUCAAGGGCAUAAGAGAGAGUUUAUUCUGGAGCCAGAACAUGGCUGAGGAUGGACUAGGAGCACAGAUGUAGUUUGCUUUGAAUCAUAUGUCUCAACCUGGUAAUAGUUUGAUCACCAUUUUUUUUUUAUUAGCAGCAGAACAAAGAAAGCCAUAAAUCAGGGCACAUUGUUGGAAGCAUUAAGUCGGCUGUUACAAGAGAGUGGACAUCCAGCUACUGGCUUCAGAUGCUGGCUGGUGGCCUAGGGAGGCUUUUGAUUGGUGGGAACCAGGAUCUGCUGAGAUAAAACACUUUGAUAAAUUUUAAUUAGGUCCUGGACCUGUAAUACCCCAACCUUUCCACAGUCCUGGAAGGUCUGGUUAGUUAGAGCAUUCGAUGAAAUCUGUCGUUUCUGACUGGGAACUGCUAUUUAUUUAGUGUUAGGAAUGGUAGCUGAGGUAGGACUCUGGGCCAGUGUUGGGUAUUGUUUUGCCACGUGGUGCAAAGUCAGAAGUCGAUGGCAACCCCAUGUGCAGGUUUCCCUGUACUUGGGCGCCUCUGCUUAUCUGAUGCCCAGCUUUCCUUCUUAGACGCCAUCGCUGUUUGUCCUCUCAUGCUCGGUGCCACUUCACUGGUGACAUGAGACAGGGUUGUUUGUCUGCCGUAUGGUAACUGAACAACUACAGAACUGUAGUCACUGGUUUUGUUCAUCCUUGGCAUGGUCUCUGACUUGACAGCAAUGGAAAUUCCUCCCAGGGCAGUCGGAAAUGUCCCAAUAUAUUUUAUUUUAUUUUAUUGUGUGUGGGCAUGUGUGUGUGUGUGCAUGUACACGUGUAUGAGAGCACACAAGUGUGUGUACGUGUGUGUGUGCACAUAUGUACGUGUACAUGUACGUGUGUGUGUGUGAGCUCGCGCGCAUAUGCAGAGGUCAGAAAACAACCUCACGUGCUGUUCCUCAGAUGCUACUCACUCUUACUUUGAGACUGUUCCUCACAGGCCUGGAAUUCUUCAAGUAGGUUCACUAAUGGAUCUCAGUCAGUCCCAGGGAUCUGCCUGUUUCUUCUUCCCAGUAGGACCAUGAGCUUGUGGCACUGUGCAUGGUUUAUUUAAUGUGAGUUUUGGGAAUCCAACGCAGAUCCUUGUGUCAAGGAAUGCAUUUUACUAACUAAGCUACUUCCUAGCCGCCUCCUUUUAUUAAAGACAGUAUCUCAAGUAGCCCCAGGGUAUCCUUGAACCUGAUAUUUCACUGACGAUGACUUUGAACUUCUGUUCUUCCUGCUCUGAUCUCCAAAGUACUGGGGUUAUGGGUGUGUGCGCUGUCAUAGGCAGGCCGAUUUUUAUGGAAUCUGGGUAUGAACCAGGGCUCUGUGCUUUCAAGCACUUUAAUAACCGAGUAGAGUUAAAUACAAGGCAAAUACUCAAGUUUUUUUCCAUGAUUCAUACAGGUCUAGGAGAUAAAACAAAGAAAAAAAUGCACAAGAAACUUGUUGAAUGUACCUCUUCAACAUCUUAGUCCCAUCUUAGUCUCUUGUUGAGCUCACAUCUGCAGACCAAAGCAGAUGGUCACUUAGCCUAACAAGUUCAGUAGAAGCCCCUCCAGGGGAGAAGGCUGCUGCUGGUGGUCUGAGCCAAUGCUGGAAGCUUCAGUAAUAGGAUGUGUGCGAGAUGGGCAGUGAAUCAAAGGGAUGUAGGAAGGGUUCCUUGGCUGGAAGAGUAUAAGGUGUGCAGCAAGGGAUUCUGGGAAGGCUGGAGGAGGCCUUUGAAGCUGAGGCCCAGGAGUCUGCUCCUGAUAAGGAGAACACCAUGGGGAUGGUGACCUGCUCAAAGCUGUGGAUGAGAGAAAACAGUUUCACCAACUGGUGAAGUGGAAUAUGUCCCUGUUCUUCAUGCCUGAGCUGUCUGUGAGAUUUAGUGAAAAGCCCAGAGGGAUGACAAUGGAAAAUAAAUGACAAAGAUCUGUGAUUUGGAGAAUUCUGAGUUUCGACACCAAGUUACUUUCCCUUUAACCAAAUGAAACACAAUCUCUCUUGUCAGGGCACAGCCAUCCUUUUGAUGUUACUGAUUUAUUUUUAAUAGGAACCUUUAGUUCAGAUUUUUGUAGUAUUUCUUCCCUGGGGAUUUUGCAUAAUAUCAGUUACAACUCAUACAUAUUUCUCUUUCUGUGUCAAGGAAGGUCAUCUGUGUCAUUCCUGUGGUUGACAUUUUCCUUCUAACAGUGUGCGAAACCCAGGUCAGCCUCUUAGUCCCUUGCAAAGCAUCGACAUUACUUUGUGAUAAUUGAAGCCUCUCCUGAAAGAGUGGAGAGAAACAAAGUGACAGGAGAAAGAAAUGAAGCUUUCCUCAAGACUGUGCUUAUUAUAAUUGGCAUUGCAAGAUAAAAAGGACUUGUGAAACUAAAAAGUAGCACUAUAUAUAUGUAUACAGAUACACACGUAUUCUGUGUGCUCUCAUAUACUACUGAAUAAUUGGGAUCCUUUAAAUGAGAAGCCAUUCUUUUUUUUAUGAGAAGAAUUAAGUCCAGGAAAUGAUAGAUCCAUCCCGACGCUGCUGAGUUAGGAGUGCCGCCUGUGUCUCUGAAGAGGGCAACGGCAUUGAAGUACCUUAUGGUAUUUUACUGUCUUGCUGAGAGGCCACUGAGUAGAAGACAUAGCAUCCAUAAAUCCCUCUUAACUCAAUUUCUCCUUCUUCACAUGACUCAUUUUAUGCAUGCAUUUUUCUAAACUCAUUCCCUGAAACAAAAGUUCAGGUGUGAAAGCCAAAGAGAAAUCAAAUAUUGGGAAAUCUUAGCUGCCUUGAAGAAAUCCUGACCGUUCUGUCGUACAAAUGGAGCAGAUGUUGUCAGCUGACGUGAAACAGUGAACCCAGCACUCCCACGUGCUGUCCUGUUACUCUUUAGUUGUCUCCAAUAGUUGCGCCUCUUAAACAACCAACUUACUUCACUAAGGAGCAACAGAAACAUUAGGGGAAGUAAAGUGCUCCAUUUAGCUCAAUUGAGUAUGUCAAAUGAGAACUUGAAUAGCUCCAUUAACGCCUGAGGUUGAGAAGUCUUCUAGUUCUCUUUCUCUUUUGGGAAACCUCCUGCCAAACAGAUGCGGACUUCAGACUUCUCUCCAAAGCUCCCUAGAGGAUGCUUGACUGGUGUUCCUUGGCAACCCCACCCGAGUCUGUCACACUUUGAAGGAAGUAGUCCAGGCCUCCCAUGUGCUAAAGGGGUUUUUAAAAAUAUGUCCUUACAGGAGGAGAGACACAUAAGUAAGUCACUUCCUCCAGGAGCCCCUCCUUUCUCUGUCUUUGAGACCCGAUGCAGCCCGCUAGACUGGCUAGCAUUUCUGUUUUUUGCAGUUUACUGCUGACUUUGAUUCUGACUUUAAGGGUAGUUAGUACCUUGGGGAGAUGGUGGCUGAUGUACAAAUAUUGCCUGCAUGACUAAGAUGAUCCACUUCAUGUUAAUCAGUAGUGUUUUGAGGGAAAUGUAUCUUUUCAGGUUGGAGUUUGUUCCCUUUUCACUUAGAGAUUUGGUUUUAGCUAUUCUAACUUAAGCUUCGUCCUUAUGUCAUAACGUCACUACGUCAUCGCGUCACUACAUCAUCAUGUCAGGUGUGGCUUCUACUUUCAACACUUAUUUAACCAAUGCAGUCUUGAAUUCCAUCUUUUGAUUAAUUCUUCCUGGUUAUUACUAAGGUGAUGUUGAGACCUUCAGUGUUAUGGCUUGAAUAGGAGCUCUCCCAUCAAACCCUUCUUUAAUUUAUUAGUCACAAGAAUAAUGUUUAAAUCCCCCCCAACCCCACCCUGAGUACUCUUAUUAUCAACCUGGCUUUCUAGAGCAUUGGUAACAGCAAACUAAGGUCUAUUGAUUCAAAGUUAUAUUUCUCGCGCUUCCUUUAUUAAGAAACUGUCGAUGUAUUUAUUCUAGGUCAGAGGCCAUCAGACUACAAUCUGUCAGCCGAAAGCAGCCUGUUGCUUUUCUUUCUUUCUUUUUUUGUAAGUUUUAUUGAACCACAGUCACAUCACUCCAUUUUAUAUUGUUUACAGAUGUCCUCACUCUCCAAUGAACAGAUACAUGUAUUCUACAAACAGAUAAACGUACACAGCAAAAAUCUAGGUCCUUUCCUACUUUCAUUUAUAUAGAGAAGUUUGCCCAUGUCUCUUCUAGAAUAAUCCACACUGGUUUCAGAGCAGGCCACCGUCAUUUCUGUUGUGGUUUGCAUAUGAAAUCUACUUUACAGGUUUAUCUUGUGAAUGUUCCGUCUCCAGUGGUGGUGCUUUUCAGAAGGUUCUGGAAACUUGCUGAGGUGGGGUUGGUUGGAGAAAAUAGGUCCCUGGGAGUAGGUCCUUGGUGAUCGGUAUCUUGUCCCUGGCCCCUUCCCUGUUUCCUGUCUUUCAGGAAAUGAAAGGCACCCUCUACUGCACACUCCUACUACUCUAUGUUCUGGCCAAGUCCAUGGGGGCCAAGCAAAAAUUACACCGCUAUUCUAAAUAAAUCCUUCUUCCUAAAACUGUUCGUUUGCAUCAUCCUGAUGCAGACAUAAUUAACAGAGUCCCAUUUCUACUUCCCAAAUAGCUUCAGGAGCCAGUAAAUUAAUUAGUCACGACUUCGGUUGUGGUAUACUGACCCUUUCCCUUCCGUUUGCUUACUUGGAGUAUUAGAAGGCCGGGGCCUAUCAUUGAUGGCAUUUUUUAGUUUUAAAUUCCCAAAUCUAAAAAGUUGAACUAAUCAUAGCUUACCUAAAACACUUCAAACAGAUACACUUGGGAUUAAAUUUACAGCUUGCCUGAAUUACUUUUGAAUGUGCUGGACACCUAUAGUGCUUGCACCAAGGGUGAACAGUAAUUGUAUGGCUUGCCUACCCAAGCUUUCUAUAUGCGAGUGUGGACAGCUUGUCUCUCGUCAUCUUCAGAAACACCCCUGUAUCAUUGGUGUGUGUGUUCACAUUGCUUAUUCGUGGUGCUGAGGCUUUGAUCCUCACACAUGUUAAGCACAGCAUAUACUCUACCGCCCAGAUGCUCCCAGACCCGAGAGUCACAUUUUCUUUUUAAAGGUUCUGAGACUUGUAGAUUUGUACAACUGUGAGAUGCAGAGCUGGGACCUGAACCUAAUGCCAUCCCAUGUUCUCUAUGUCUCUCCAAGCACUACCUCUAUUUUAAUUUAGUCAUUUGACUAUCAGAUGGCACCUCACUUAUCUGGAGACUGUACCUCAGUUGUGUAGAACACACCCAAUGAUUAAAAAGAAGGGAGAAUGAGCAGGUGAGUAUCUUAUAGAUAGACUCCUGUUAAAAAGAGGGAUUCCCCAAAGUCUUCUUACAAAGUAGAUUUGUCUUUUACUUUACAAAUUUAUUUAUUUUUCCCAGGGAUAUGGACACAGGUGGAAAUGGUACUUGGAGACGGUGUAAUGAAAAAGACUGACACAGAUUCUUGAUGGCAAUGACGCCUCAGAUGGCUUAGCAUAAGGCUAACUUUAUUCUGGGGACUUCCAAGCAGAGCUAAGAAGCAUUAACUGCUCCUAGUAAGGACUGCAGAGCGUCGUCAAGGCUAAACAUCUGCUUGCUCAAUUAAGACGGCAUGGUGUUUUCCAUUCAAUGGUGUUUAAAUGAAAUUUACAGAAGGAAUUAAGACUCCUAAGCCAAUGAUACACUUUCACUAUUCCCUUCCUUUAAAACGCCGAGCAAAUGAAACACCUUGGGGCUCAGAUUAUUUAAGGAGAUCUCAGCCACAUCGACACCUAUUUCCUUCCACUUCCUAGGACUGCAGUGAGUCAGGAUACCCAUGGCCCACUUCCCAGUGCCAGCACUCUGGAGAUGCAGAAUUAAAGGGGGGACUUCUCGGUUUCAUCUGCUUGGUAGAUGUCCUUUCCUUUUUCUUUUUCCUUCCUUUGUUUACAUCAUAGAUUAUGUUUUAUUAGAAGUGUGUACCCAGACAUGAGCCACUGACCAGUUGGGAACUCUUUUUUUUCUCUCCUUUAUUUUAUUAAUCAUUUUAUGCGUUUACAUUCUUACCCCAUCUAAUUAAACCUUAACAUUUCCGGUUAUCUCCCUGCAUUUCCCCAUCGCUUAGACACAGUUUGAUUUUAUUACUUUUCCCAAAGUAAAAAGCGACGUCUCCUCUGUUUAUAAAAACUGUACUCCGUUGUAUAUAACUGAAGGAAAGUUAAUCUCGAUACAGGAAGCCUCAUUUCUUCAUUCUGGGAGAAGGAGUCCCACAAUCCCCAGGAGCGAAUGGUGUCCAUCUUCAUGUUGGCUCUCUCUUCCUUUUCUCUUUCUCUCCUGCAUCAACUCUUUGCUUCUUCUUUCCAAAUUGUAAGCAUUUCCCACGCUCCUAAAAUGCCCUGGAGACUGGUUUAAUGACUUACACAUCUUUGAGACAAUAUUUGACUUCUUAUAUUUUGGAAAGGUUUGUUAAAACUUCUCAUAGAAACCAAAUGUUCCAAAAAAAAAAAAAAGUGACACCUCCUGCUUCUGUAUCUGUGGGUCAGGGGGAGGGGAUUGUUGUCAUUAAACCGAUGUUGUCUUUGUUUUGAUGACUGUAUUACGACAUCAGCUUAGCACCGUCAGUCACACUAGAAAAGCCUAAGUUAUUGAAAACUCACUCACUGUCAAUCAUGCUUCAUGGCUUGCUUAUAAUCACAUUCAACUAAUGAACUGGUUCUAUUUGAAGGAUACACUUCUAAAUUAAUGAUUUCAAAUGUGAAAGGCAUUUCUAACGAGGUGAUGCAGUGUGAUACAUCUAGGCUGGGCUGGAUUACUGAAGUCGGUCAUGUGAUCACAUGCAAAUGGCCCCCACUGUGGCAAGGCACAUCAGUGUCUCACCGAGAUGGGAAGGGCUCAUCUCUUCCUCCACACUUAGGUCUUAUGUCCGGACUUGUUCGUAACUCUCUGAUCAGCCCAGAGGGACAUACUGGCAUGAGAAAACAAAACUACUAUACCCUGGCGUUCCUGGUGGCAUUGCCUUAUGGGAAUCACAUCUUUUUUUCCUCAGUAAACCGAGAGACCGGAAGUAAGCUUUUCCGUAUGUCAGCCGCAGCUCGUCCCAUGAAGUUACAUAAGAAUUCAGCUCUGCCCACUUCCUGGUUCAGCAAUCUGUGCAAUGGCGCCCCGUGUUGCGGUUGAGCCCGAAUGGGCUCUGUGCUUCAUCUUGUGAGGGAAUGAGAAGCUCAUGGCAGUGAGUCUUUCUGAGACAGGUCAAGGCGAAGGGCAGUCUGAUCCUGUUAUGCUGGUGAGAACUUUCAUCCCGUGGAUUCACCCAUAGCUUCAGAGUGGCAACCAUGGAGGCAUCUUUAAUGCCAUUAUUAUACACAAGCCGAGGGGGUCAUUAAGAUGAGAACCAGGAGUCUCUUACAUCACACUGCUGGGCCUUCUGUGUUUUCUGGGACUCCAACAGGAUGAAAUUCGCGCUCUGUGGAGGAGGUGAGAGCUUCCUGUGUACCAGCGGGCUCUGCAUCUCCAAGAAGCUGCAGUGUAACGGCUACAAUGACUGUGAUGACUGGAGCGACGAGGCUCACUGCAGUAGACUGCAGCGAGGAUCUGUUUCACUGUGGAACAGGCAAGUGCCUCCACCACAGCCUUGUGUGCGAUGGGUAUGAUGACUGUGGGGACCUGAGCGACGAGCAAAACUGUGAUUGCAAUCUCACAAAAGAGCAUCGCUGUGGAGACGGGCGCUGCAUCGCGGCUGAGUGGGUGUGUGAUGGGGACCAUGACUGUGUGGACAAGUCUGACGAGGUCAACUGCUCUUGUCCCAGCCAGGGCCUUGUGGAAUGCAGAAGUGGACAGUGCAUCCCUAGCACCUUCCAGUGUGAUGGGGACGAAGACUGUAAGGACGGGAGUGACGAGGAGAACUGCAGUGACCGUCCGACACCGUGUCCUGGAGGAGAUCGGGGUUGCCUUGACAGUUCCUGUGUCGAAUCCUGUGCUGGUAGCUCUCUGUGUGACUCAGACAGCAGCCUGAGUAACUGCAGUCACUGUGAGCCCAUCACUUUGGAACUCUGCAUGAAUUUGCCCUACAACCUUACACAUUAUCCAAAUUACCUUGGCCACAGAACUCAAAAGGAAGCGUCCAUCAGCUGGGAGUCAGCUCUCUUCCCUGCCCUUGUACAAACCAACUGUUACAAAUACCUCAUGUUUUUCGCUUGCACCAUUUUGGUUCCAAAGUGUGAUGUGAAUACAGGCCAGCGCGUCCCGCCUUGCAGACUCCUGUGUGAGCACUCCAAAGAGCGCUGUGAGUCUGUUCUGGGGAUCGUAGGCCUCCAGUGGCCUGAAGACACAGAUUGCAGUCAAUUUCCAGAGCAAAGUUCAGACAAUCAAACUUGCCUCCUGCCCAAUGAAGACGUGGAAGAAUGCUCUCCGAGUCACUUCAAGUGCCGCUCGGGACGAUGCGUUCUGGGUUCCAGAAGAUGCGACGGCCAGGCUGACUGUGAUGACGACAGUGACGAAGAGAACUGUGGUUGUAAAGAGAGAGAUCUUUGGGAAUGUCCACUCAAUAAGCAAUGUCUGAAGCAUACAUUAAUCUGUGAUGGGUUUCCAGACUGUUCAGAUAGUAUGGAUGAAAAAAACUGCUCAUUUUGCCAGGACGAUGAGCUGGAAUGUGCCAACCAUGAGUGUGUGCCACGCGACCUGUGGUGCGAUGGAUGGACAGAUUGCUCAGACAGUUCAGAUGAAUGGGGCUGUGUGACCCUCUCUAAAAAUGGGAACUCCUCCUCAUUCCUGACUGUUCACAGAUCUGCAAGAGAUCACCACGUGUGUGCUGAUGGCUGGCAGGAGACGUUGAGUCAGCUGGCCUGCAGGCAGAUGGGUUUAGGAGAACCAUCUGUGACUGAACUGGUCCAAGGGCAGGAAGGCCAGCAGUGGCUGAGGUUGCACUCCAGCUGGGAGAAUCUCAAUGGGAGCACCCUGCAGGAGCUGCUGGUGCACAGGCGGUCCUGCCCAAGCGGAAGUGAGAUUUCCCUUCUGUGUACCAAGCAAGACUGUGGUCGCCGCCCUGCUGCCCGAAUGAACAAGAGGAUCCUUGGGGGUCGGACUAGUCGUCCUGGGAGGUGGCCGUGGCAGUGUUCUCUGCAGAGUGAACCCAGUGGACAUAUCUGUGGCUGUGUCCUCAUUGCCAAGAAGUGGGUCCUGACAGUUGCCCAUUGCUUUGAAGGGAGAGAGGAUGCUGAUGUCUGGAAAGUGGUAUUUGGCAUAAACAACCUGGACCAUCCGUCAGGCUUCAUGCAGACCCGCUUUGUGAAGACCAUUCUGCUACAUCCCCGUUACAGUCGAGCGGUGGUAGACUAUGACAUCAGCGUGGUGGAGCUGAGUGAUGAUAUCAAUGAGACAAGCUACGUCAGACCUGUCUGCCUACCCAGCCCCAGGGAGUUCCUAGAACCAGAUACAUACUGCUACAUCACAGGCUGGGGCCACAUGGGCAAUAAAAUGCCCUUUAAGCUGCAGGAGGGGGAAGUCCGCAUUAUUCCUCUGGAGCAGUGCCAGUCCUAUUUUGACAUGAAGACCAUCACCAAUCGGAUGAUAUGUGCUGGCUAUGAGUCCGGCACUGUGGACUCAUGUAUGGGAGACAGUGGUGGUCCUCUGGUUUGUGAACGACCCGGAGGACAGUGGACAUUAUUUGGUUUAACUUCAUGGGGCUCCGUCUGCUUUUCCAAAGUCCUAGGACCUGGAGUGUACAGCAAUGUGUCUUACUUUGUUGACUGGAUCGAAAGACAAAUAUAUAUCCAGACCUUUCUCCAAAAGAAAUCCCAAGGAUAAUCAGAGACUUUGUGGGAAACCUACACGGAGAAUGACCCUCUUGAACAGGAAGCUGCCAAGAGCUGUACGAACAGGCGUGUCACGGACAUGAUGCUCAACACGCACUACAAGGUCUCCUGUUUGUUAGUUUUCCUCAGGCUUCAAUCCUUUUCAACAUUAUCAUUCAUUAAUUUCAUGGAUUCUUUUCAAAGCACAGAGCAAAGUAGGUUUUAUUCUUUUGCUAGGCUAACCUUGAAUGUAGUGUGGAAUUAUCAACCCACAGAGACAUCUGGAGCUCUAUGGUAACAAGUUAUAGAAAGUGCCUUUUCGUUCUAUUACAAAACACACACGGAGAUGCACGCUCACUGAUCUCCAGUUUCUGCUCAAGCACAGUGGCUUAGGGGGCACAUUUCAGAACUGAUCUUGGAAACUGGCUUUUCUUUAUAAAAAGCCAAGAUAAUAUACAUGCUUUUACUACUUAAUAUACUCUUCUAAAUAAUUUGAAGAAAUUAUGAAAGACAGAAAAGACCCACAGUGUUAAUGUAGACAGUUGAAGUUGCAAAAAUGUAAAAUUCUCUAGCCAACAAAACUAACACUCAGAAGUGAGUAUAAUUCUACGCUUUCUGUAUUCAAAUUAAGAUUGUAAUUUCAUAGACAAUCUCCAUAGGACUUUCCCCAUUCCUGGGGAUUUUCGAUGUAUAUCACUUAGAUAACUGUGCUGUCAACAACCAGGUCAAUCCUUGAGGAAAUAAUUUGUUUGCCUGUGUGGAAAUGAAUGAGAACCUUUUCCAUUCUGUAAACCACACAAGUUAAAAAGGAGAAGAAAAUUAAAUGGUAUACCAUCCCCAAUUAAAUCUGAAAAUUAGUCUGCUUGUGUUUACCCGAACCAGAAAAGUUACAGAACUAAACUUCAAAGUGUAGCAAAAUGUUGCAUGGAGUAUAACAUUUUGCAAUUUCCCCCUCCUGGUGUCUAACAUCUGGUGUUGCCAUUUUGCCUCAUUGGUAAUUAAAACAAAAUUUUAGAGAUGCUUUUAAGCACUGGGUCACUUUAUGGGGAUCAAUUUCCAAAGCAAUUAGUGGUUAAAAGUAUUUUUCCCACUAAAAAGCUUCAAAACAGAAACCUUCAUAUGCACCUAAUUUAAUUAGCCAGACAUCAACGAUGUAACAUCCAGACGCCUUUUGAACAUACAGUAGGAUGCACUGCUAAACUUCACCAGCAACCAAACUGCCUCAGUGUUCCAAACAGGGACUACCCGCAAUUUUAUAUGUGUAUUUUGUACUCUUUUUCUAGCUAGUUCAAAUGCAAAAAUUGUUUCAACCUUUAUUCUCUAUGUUUUUCACCUCUUGUCUGGAACUUGUUACAAAGAGUGUGUAGCAAGUGGUUGUACUGUGGUCAUGACUGUAUGAAGGUUUAAGACCGUUGGUUGGUUUUGUUGUAAUUGUUGGCACAUAAUUAAUAAAAUAUAUUUUAGCACUGGUGAACUUAUAUUCAGUAAAAUGUA